AAUAAGGUUAUAUUAGCUUAAUACAUUACAACACCACUAUUUUAAUAUUUUGUUUUAUAAUAUAGAUACUAUGCGUUUUCUAUAGUAGACGAUAAGGAAUUUAGAAAUUUAUUAAAAAUGUUAAACCCUGCAUAUGAGAUUCCUUGCCGCCAGACUGUGUCAAAAAAUCUAAUUCCAAGAUUAUACAAUUCCACUUUAGAAGUCUUGAAAAAAAAAGUUGAAAAUGCUAAUGCAGUGUCAUUAACAACAGAUGGAUGGACUUGUAUUAAUAAUAGGAGCUAUAUUGCAGUUACAGCUCAUUUUAUUAAUGAUGAAGGUAAAAUGUGUUCUGUCUGUCUUGGUUGUGAACAUUUUGACCAACGACACUCAUCAGAUAAUAUAGCUGCCCAUUUAAAAAAAUUAGCAAUUGAAUGGAAGGUUAGUAAUAAAAUUGUAGCCAUUGUUACUGACAAUGCUGCAAAUAUUACUGCUGCUGUACGUCAAUUACAUUAUCGGCAUUUAGGAUGUUUUGCUCAUUUGGUAAAUCUCAUUGUUCAACACUCUCUUGAGAAUAUUGCAGUAAUGGUAGCUAAAGUAAAAAAAAUAGUUGAGUAUUUUAAACGUAGCAGUAAUGCUUUGGCAAAACUUAAUUCCACAUUAACUCGAAUGGGCCUACUAAUAUUAAAAUUAAAACAAGACUGUGUAACCAGAUGGAAUUCGACAUUUGAUAUGCUGAAGAGAAUUGUUUUCAUGAAAGACGCUGUAAUUUCAACAUUAGCCGUUUUACAAACUGAUAUUGAAGUUUUGACCCCGGUAGAAUGGGAUGUAGCUGAUAAGGCCAUUGACGUAUUACAAAUUUUUAAUGAAGUAACAAUUGAAGUGAGCUCUGAAAAAACAGUGUCAAUUUCCAAAUUAAUAGUUUUAGUUAGUUCCAUGUCCCUAACUAUGGAAACUUACGUUAAUAACAUACAUUUGCCUAAUGAAGUUCACCAAAUGGCAAUAUCACUAAAUAAUCAGUUGAGGAAAAGGUUUAGCGAUAUUGAAGAAAAUGAACUUAUUGCUCAAGCCUCAAUUCUAGAUCCUAGAUUCAAGAAAUAUGAACACGUAUAG